AUGGCGGCGACAAACAUGCACAACCUUACAACCCUCAUCAAGCGGCUAGAAGCUGCUACGUCGCGCUUAGAGGACAUUGCCUCUUCCACCAACGAGCUUCCUCAGGGCGUGCCCGCUCUCCAACACCAACAAAGCAAUGCCAUUCCCUCGGGUGCCGUCAGCCCUUCGAGCGCUCCGACGAUCUCCUCGGCCCCAGCACCUCCUCCCGCUCCGAAAGCCGCACCCCAGGAGCCUCUACCUGAGGUAGUGGAGGACUUCGAUGCCUUCAUCAACACCUCCGUCAACAAGUAUGUUCAAGCCAGCAACAAGCUAGGUGGCCUUAUCGCCGAGCAAGCUGCCAAAGUCUUGGAGGGGUUCAAGCAGCAGCGUCGCUUCCUCCUCAUUUCCACCAAGGCCAAGAAGCCUGAUCUCGCCGGUUCCGAAAUGGCUGCAUACCAGGAUCUCCUGAAACCCAUCAACGAGGCUCUUAUGGCCGUCGGUAGCAUCAAGGAGUCGAACCGCGGGUCUCCAGUGUUCAGCCAGCUGAGCGCGGUUGCCGAGGGUAUCAUGGUUCUCGCUUGGGUCACUGUGGACAUGAGACCGUACAAACAUGUUGAAGAGUCUUUGGGAUCUGCACAGUUUUUUGGCAACCGCGUAUUGAAGGAGCACAAGGAUAAGGACCAGGAUCAGGUUGUCUGGAUACAAUCUUUCUACCAGGUCUUCCGGGACUUGGCUGAAUUCGUCAAGAACAACUUCCCUAACGGUAUCGCCUGGAAUCCUCAGGGCAAGCCAGCUGCCGAAGUCGCAAAGAGUAUUCCCAUCUCGGGCCAAGCACCGGCAUCCUCAGCAGCAGCGCCUCCCCCGCCUCCGCCUGCUGGGGGCUUGCCUCCUCCGCCCCCGCCCCCAGGCCCCCCUCCGGUCUUGCAGAUCAAGGAGGAGAGGGCUUCCGAUGCUCAGGCAGCCGGUGGCCUCGGUGCCGUAUUCAGCGAACUUAACAAGGGCUCUGAUGUCACCAAGGGGUUGAGAAAGGUGGACAGAUCCGAAAUGACUCACAAAAACCCGUCUCUGCGGACAUCCUCGCAAGUUUCUACAGAAUCGUCUCGCGCUAAGAGCCCUGCACCAGGCAAGAAGCCCAAGCCGGAAAGCAUGCGGCUCAAGAAGCCUCCGCGACAGGAGCUAGACGGAAACAAGUGGACGAUUGAAAAUUUCGAGCGCCAUUCGGAGCCAAUCGAGAUUGAGGCUUCAAUGUCGCAUUCGAUCCUCAUAUCCAAGUGCAGCCACACAACGAUCAUCAUCAAGGGCAAGGCCAACGCCGUUACUGUCGAAAACACCCAGCGCCUAUCUUUGGUUGUGGACUCGCUCGUGUCAACCGUCGACGUCGUCAAGUCCUCCAACUUUGCCCUUCAGGUCAUGGGCUCUCUGCCUACCAUUAUGCUUGAUCAGCUUGACGGUGCUCAAAUCUACCUUAGCAAGGAGAGCAGCGACACUCGCGUUUUCAGCUCCAAGAGUGCUGGCAUUAACCUGAAUGUCAUCGCAGGGGAUGAGGACGAUUAUCAGGAGUUACCUAUUCCCUACCAGAUCUGUAGCUACUACGACCAGAACAGGCGUGAAGUGGUUAACGAGAUCGUGGACCACGCGGGCUAA